GGAUUCCGGUUGGUUCAGACGCCUUGUUCCCGGAACUCGGUGCGCGAUGCGCGAAGGUUGAGGGGAACGUGCGGCUGAGGCUCCGGCUGCUCCCCGGCGGGCUGCUCGGGCGUCCGCAGCGCCGCCAUGCCGCGGUACGCGCAGCUCGUCAUGGGCCCCGCAGGCAGCGGCAAGAGCACCUACUGUGCCACCAUGGUCCAGCACUGCGAAGCCCUCAACCGGUCUGUCCAGGUUGUGAACCUAGAUCCUGCAGCAGAACAUUUCAACUACUCUGUGAUGGCUGACAUCCGGGAACUGAUCGAGGUGGAUGAUGUGAUGGAGGAUGAUUCUCUUCGGUUCGGUCCCAAUGGAGGAUUGGUUUUUUGCAUGGAGUACUUUGCCAAUAACUUUGACUGGCUAGAGAACUGUCUUGGCCAUGUAGAGGAUGAUUACAUCCUUUUUGACUGUCCAGGUCAGAUUGAGUUGUAUACUCACCUGCCUGUGAUGAAACAGCUGGUUCAGCAGCUAGAACAAUGGGAGUUUCGAGUCUGUGGAGUUUUUCUUGUUGAUUCUCAGUUCAUGGUGGAGUCAUUCAAGUUUAUUUCUGGCAUCUUGGCAGCUCUGAGUGCUAUGGUUUCUCUAGAAAUUCCACAAGUUAACAUCAUGACAAAAAUGGAUCUGCUGAGUAAGAAAGCUAAAAAGGAAAUUGAGAAGUUUCUAGAUCCAGAUAUGUAUUCUUUAAUUGAUGAUUCUACACGUGACUUAAGAAGCAAAAAAUUCAAAAAACUGACCAGUGCCAUAUGUGGACUGAUUGAUGACUACAGCAUGGUUCGAUUUUUGCCUUAUGAUCAGUCAGAUGAAGAAAGCAUGAGCAUUGUAUUACAACAUAUUGAUUUUGCCAUCCAGUAUGGAGAAGACUUGGAAUUUAAAGAACCAAGGGAACAUGAAGAGGAGGAGUCUUCUAAUAUGUUUGAUGAAUAUUUUCAAGAACGCCAGAAUGAAUGAAGAGUAUAUUAAAAGUGAUUGUUUAUAUAUGAAGAACGGUGGCUAAAUCAUUAGAACUUUGUACUGUUGGAAAUAAGCACUACUAGGAAGCUACCCAUUUACACACACAUACAAAUAAUAAUACUAUGGGGUUGGGUGGUGGUGCACCUGGUUGAGCGCACAUGUUACAGUGCACAAGGACCCAGGUUCGAGCCCCCAGUCCCCACCUGCAGGGGGAUUGCUUUGCAAGUGGUGAGAUAGUGUUGCAGUUGUCUCUCUGUCUCUCCCUCUCUAUCAACCCCUUCCCUCUCAGUUUCUGACUGUCUCUGUCCAGUAAAUAAAGAUAAUAAAAAAAGAGGGAGUCAGGAGGUAGUGCAGUGGGUUAAGUGCACGUGGCGCAAAGCACAAGGACCGGUGUAAAGAUCCCGGUUCGAGCCCCCGGCUCCCCACCUGCAGGGGAGUCACUUCACAGGCGGUGAAGCAGGUCUGUAGGUGUCUUUCUCUCCCCCUCUCCGUCCUCCCCUCCUCUCUCCAUUUCUCUCUGUCCUAUCCAACAAUGAUGACAUCAAUAACAACAAUAAUAACUACAACAAUAAAACAAGGGCAACUAAAGGGAAUAAAUAUAUAAAAUUAUAAAAAAGAUAAUAAAAAAGAUUUUAAAAAGUGCACUUGUUACAAAUAAUAAUAGUAAUAAGAGCAAUACUUAGCUCUUUAUCAGUAUACCUGAAUGGUAUAGAGUUAUACUGAAAUUUCUGCUUUUCAAGUGGGGUCUAUUAGUACUUUAACAACAUCAGUUUCAAUUUUUUAAAGUUCCAAUUUCAGUGGGAGCCAGGUAGUGUCACACUGGUUAGAGCACACAUGUUCUCAUAUGCAGGGAUCUGGGGUUCAAGCCUCAUGCUCCCCACCUGCAGUCAGGGGAAACUUCAUGAAUGGUGAGACAGUGCUGCAGAUGUCUAUCUCUCCCUUUAUUCCCCCCUUCUUUCUCAAUUUAUAUUUAUAUUAAAAAGAAAGAGUUGCAAUUGCAUAGUUUUGUAUAUAAUAUAAAUUAAGACCAGUCUAACUUUAUUUUUACUAUUUGACUUUUGAUGGUUUGUUGAAGGAACAGGAAUUAUUGUAAAUAAACUUGCAUGUGUCUCCAAAUGAAAAACUCCUGGGAGGAUGCAGUUAGGAUGAUACCUUAUUAUUAUUAUUAUUAUUUUUGUUUUACAUUCAACAGUAAGUACAAUAGUUUGUACAUGCAUAACAUUCCCCAGUUUCCCAUUUAACAAUACAACCCCCACUAUGUCAUUUAUCAUCCUUCAUGGACCUGUAUUCUCCCCACCCACCCACCCCAGCAUCUUUUACUUUGGUGCGAUAUGCCAAUUCCAUUUCAGGUUCUACUUGUGUUUUCUUUUCUGAUCUUGUUUUUCAACUUCGGCCUGAGAGUGAGAUCAUCCCAUAUUCAUCCUUCUGUUUCUGACUUAUUUCACUCAACAUGAUUUUUUCAAGGUCCAUCCAAGAUCGGCUGAAAACGGUGAAGUCACCAUUUUUUACAGCUGAGUAGUAUUCCAUUGUGUAUAUCUAGCACAACUUGCUCAGCCACUCAUCUGUUGUUGGACACCUGUGUUGCUUCCAGGUUUUGGCUAUUACAAAUUGUGGGGAUGAUACCUUAUUUCUAUUAGUUUUCCUACUUUGAAAAUGUAUUUGUGUAAUUAAAAAUUAAAUUAACUUUAUUUUAAAAA